CAGCCGCGCGCACAGAGCUCGCGAGCACGCGCACGGGCGGGCGCGCGCGUGAGUGCCGAGUCGCUCGCGCCGUGUCGGUCAUUCGCGCCGUCGUCGUAGCGGUCAUCGUCAAUAGCGUCGCUCCAGCGUCGGCACCGCUAAACGACGAUCGUCAUCAUCGUCACGAAGUACUCUUUAUGAUCAUCAUUAGCCGACAAUCAUCGCCACUGGUCUCUCAUCAUCAGUAGUCUAUCGUCACCAGGCACAUCAUUGCCACUCGUCUGUCAUCAUUAUUCGGCCGUAAUGAUCACGACGUCUAUUGUUGUUAUCAUCAUCAUCGCCGUCGGUCUUCCAUAAUCAACCCGGCAAUAUUCGUGGAGAGUGGUUCUGCAGCGGUUUCAGAUCGCGUUCGAAUCACCGAACAUCGCAGCGUCGCAUCAGCACCGCCGAUGUUUGCUUUCUUUUUGGGAUUAUUUAAAUAUUUGCCGCGAAUAUUAAACAAAAAGACAUUGCACUAAUCAGAGGCGUUCGCGCUCUCCUCUCAAACGCGACGUUCGGACACUCGAACAUUAGGAGCGCAUACUGCGGAACAUUUAUUCGGAUAUCGGCACGCGCAGCUCGGUCAUUUAGCUCGCAGUAUUCGGAUGUUGGAGCGCGAUAAUUUGGGUAAUUACAUUUAGUAGCAGCGUCUGUAACGGGGGACAGCUGGACCAUCCGUCGAGAGACACCGCAAAACCGCAAUUCAGGAUUUCGGAACCGAGUAAGGGUACGUUCAGGAUCGUCAAACGCGAGUUCGGAUGUACUGGCAUCCGUCGGGAUAACAGUGCUACUUUGUUAUAUUGCACGCCCGAGUUGGCAUAGCAGAACGCCGAGUGGGUGUGGUGUCAGUGCUGGCUGUGGCAGCGUUACACGACGAGGCGGCUCGCCUUACGACUUCCCGUGGCGAUGAACAGUGGAGCGACACAAUUAUUGGUGUAGAGUCGCGGUUGUUCUCACGCAGAGUUAUCAUUGAAAUUCGCCGGAAGCGACAUCGUCUCAAUAGAUUAAUAAAUAAAUAAAACUCGGAAGCGACUUUUUAAAACAAAUUUGGUAGCUAAACAACAACUCUGUUAUAUUAGUCUCGUGGCACGUAGAAAGAGAGACACGCGCGCGCGCAUCGCUGGAUACAGACUGUGGACUGUGGAGUGUUGAUUGUGCGAAAUCCUUCGGAAGAGACAAACUUGGAUACGAGAGCAUACCCCAAAUAGCUCGGACAUUUCACGGGGAGAGGCCAAAACGCAGAACAGUUCGAGAAAUGUUGGCCUCCCGAUCGCUGUAAAGGAGGCAAUUUUUUUAGAUAAUUUUCUUUUCUUUCUGGAAUAUUCUCUCUUCGACUAACACAAUAAAAUCCAUAAGGGGAGUGGGGUGGGGGUGGGGGAGGCCAUACGUGGUUCAAAAAUACUUCUCCGGAGACAGACAGUGUUAGACGUAGGAGAGCACAUUCUCUGUGGUCGUCAUGGGGUGCACCGUCAGCGCCGAAGACAAAGCAGCUGCCGAACGGUCGAAGAUGAUCGACCGGAAUCUGAGAGAAGACGGGGAGAAGGCCGCUCGCGAGGUGAAGCUGCUCCUUCUAGGGGCUGGCGAGUCGGGGAAGAGCACCAUAGUCAAGCAGAUGAAGAUCAUCCACGAGGACGGCUACUCGGAGGACGAGUGCAAGCAGUACACGGCGGUCGUGUUCAGCAACGCCAUUCAGUCCAUCAUCGCCAUCAUCCGAGCGAUGGGGAAGCUCAAGAUCGACUUCGGAGACGUUUCCAGAGCGGAGGACGCGCGGCAACUGUUCGUGCUGGCCGGAGUGGCCGAGGAGGGCGUCAUGACCCCCGACCUCUCGGAGGUCAUCAAGCGGCUGUGGUCCGACAGCGGCGUGCAGGCCUGCUUCCGCCGCUCGCGCGAGUACCAGCUCAACGACUCGGCCGCCUACUACCUGAACGACCUGGAGAGAAUAUCGAACCUCAGCUACAUCCCCACGCAGCAGGACGUGCUGCGCACGCGCGUGAAAACCACGGGCAUCGUGGAGACUCACUUCACCUUCAAGGACCUCCACUUCAAGAUGUUCGACGUGGGAGGGCAGAGGUCGGAGCGAAAGAAGUGGAUCCACUGCUUCGAGGGCGUCACUGCCAUCAUCUUCUGCGUGGCGCUCAGCGCGUACGAUCUGGUGCUGGCGGAGGAUGAGGAGACGAACCGCAUGCACGAGAGCAUGAAGCUCUUCGACAGCAUCUGCAACAACAAGUGGUUCACGGAGACGUCCAUCAUCCUGUUCCUCAACAAGAAGGACCUCUUCGAGGAGAAGAUCAACAAGAGUCCCCUGUCCAUCUGCUUCGCCGAGUACACCGGCUCCAACACGUACGAGGAGGCGGCAGCGUACAUCCAGUGUCAGUUUGAGGAUCUGAACAAGAGGAAGGACACCAAGGAGAUCUACUCACACUUCACCUGCGCCACCGACACCAAGAACGUGCAGUUCGUCUUCGACGCCGUCACCGACGUCAUCAUCAAGAACAACCUCAAGGACUGCGGCCUCUUCUGAUGCGGCCGGAUCGUUUGUUCUGCCAGAUUUGAAUCUCUCCCCCACUCCCCCAAAUAAAAAAAACUCUGGUGCAUUGCUCUGGAGGAAGAAAGGAUUCCGAAGAACGCUACCAAACACUCGUUCCUACUCUUCGCGUCGUUUCCCCAGCCUUCGUCGCUGCUUUUGUGAAGUGCGCGUUGCUGCAAGGAGUUUCUGCCCCCCGCCCGAUCAGUGGCGAUCGUUCUCAUUGCUCGCUUGUGUAAUGCAAUGCUUUAUGGGCGGCGUUCGGAUGGAGUCUGUCUUCCCCCACCCCCUCUCCCCCAGCACCCCCCCCCCCCCCACACAAAGGCAACAGAAGCACGAUUGUAGUCGGUUCGUGUUCAAAGCGGGCCCAGCACAAGUACUUGCAGUAGGAAAGAAGAAAAGACAAAACGAAACGUGGGCGCAGGCGGCAAAGCUUUUGCCCGUGGCGUGACGUCACCGCGUUCGGGGGGGGCAGGGGGGGGGUGUACACAGCAGUGACGUGCGGUGAGGUCAAUGGCUGGGGAUGCACUGGCUAGUGUCAGAGCCAGAUUCACACACUGAGGGGCGUGUCCUCACUGAGGGGGGCGUGUUAAACACGUCUUUCUCAGUGAGGCAGAUGUGAUAGCUGCCUCCCCUGGUGCUUUUUCAUUGCAGUUUCAUGACGAGACCAGCGAGCCUAAAUAUCUUUAUACACAUACGUGAAAUAAGUUACCUGGAGUAUGGAAGGCGAGGACAUGAAACGAAGGGGUCUACAAACAUUACAUUGGUGACAUACUGAGAUAGUAACAGGCACGCGCUUAUCGCCCACGCUCCAUCCAGUUACUGAGGGGUUGCGCAAUCAGAGGGGAGGCUGAGCCCGUCGCUGCCUCACCUCUCGUCUCUUCUUGUAUUUGCAGCGGAGCUCCGCAAACUUGGCGAUUUUGACUAUAAAAAUGAUUGGAAUCGUACAUAAAUGACAUUUAUAACACAGAUCAGCGGAAAAAUCUUAAUAUUUAUUUUAUUUGAUUCUCUUUUUUUUUUCGUAACAGCUAUUCUCAUUGGAGUAUGACAGGCGAGGCUCUGCCUCCCCUGCCUCCCCUAACCGCACGUCCCCGGAGUGCACUCUGCUGAAGGGGCCGCGCGUUCGUCCUUCGCGUCGCACACAAAGAGAAGCACAACGGGCGCUGCGCGGACGUGGCGCUGUUUCUGUCACACACAACCCCGCGGGACGUCGUCGAAUCCGUAGCGCGAUCCUUCCGCGUGUGUCCGCUCGCGUCGCCCUCUCAAAGCGCCGGGUCUCUGCCGGAGCGGUUGUGACAGUGUUAUGCAAAAAAAACCAAAUCGCGUCGUUCAUUUUUUUUUUUCUUUGUGAACCAGGCGGGUUUUCUUUUUUCCUCCGUGUAGAAAACCCGAAGAGUGUUGCCAUGGCUUUUAGCUAUCGCUUUGUUUUACGAGGAGCAAAAAAAAUAAUCACAGUAUUGCCAUCUUCAACAAAUGGUUGUUUCCGUAUUCUUGGUACAAUGUGGUUGUUAUACUACUGCUACUUGUGAUAUGAUGUAUCUACAGUGAAGCAGUUGGCACCAUCAGUCACCUCUGUUUCUGGAAUGUAAGAAAAAAUCUCUUUUUAGCCACAGGAAACAUUAUUAUGACGUUAUCAUGUGGCUUGAUAGAAUUGACUGGAUAAAUGCAUACAUGUUUUUAGUGUUAGCGUACCUAGCUUAGUGACAGUGUAAAUAUGGUGAAAUUCUACUGUGUAGGUUUUCGCGCUUGUGCUGUAGAGCUCUCCGAUGUGUAUUGUGUUUGCAUCGUGCCGUGUCCAGCACGGUGUCCGACGUGCUGGGAGCAGAACGUUUAUCAAGAAGCGGCAAUUCCUGAUACCAUAUCGGAGAGCUCGGAGUGAAAUUGGCAACACCCUUUUUAAAUAGUGACACGAUGUCCUGCUAUCCACCCCCCCUCCCCCCAAAAAAGAGUAUAACUUCAAGUGUGUGCAGUGUGGACAUGUAAAUUGAGACAUUCCUCUGAGCAUGUGCAUUUUGUCACGUUGUCUUUUGUAAGAUUAUUGCGAGCAAACGACUUUGCAUUUUCACGAUGUGUGCGGGGCGCUCGGCAUCAUCAGCAUCGCAAUGGGCGUGGCUUGUUGGGGGGUUUCCUGCCUUCGGAAGGCCGCCAUUUUUAAAAGACCCGAAGUUAGCGACCACAAAAAAGUAAGUCAAUUACAAUCUGAAGUCGAUCGAGCGACUAAUCGUCCCAGCUAUGAAUGGAUAUUUUCCAACACUAAUAAUUGGGGUACAAUGUACUACCUUCUUAACAUGCGGUACAAUGCAAUUUGACGGUAAUAUGAACCUGCCCAUUACAUACCCCGUAGAGGUCUAGGCUGCAUAAAACGUAUGUAGCACAUGCUUGUCAGUGUGUUUUGACUGUAUCACGUGGGUGUUUGGAUUUCCGGUUUAUGAACGCUCGGUUUUCCGACAUUUCGCGCGGACGCAAUUGCCAAACUGUGGACACUUUUCGAUGAUCGAAAUCGAAUUUCUGCGUUCACGAAAUUUCACUCUGGCCACUCGCCACGAGAUCAUCAAGGGAGAGUCACCCCGGAGUCUUCGCGUCAUCCAUCCGCGACAGCGUCACGGUGUCCCUGCAGCAGUGCAACGGUGACGCCACCGCAUCUCGCCUUGCCCGUCAUUCCAACGUGCAGAUCUUUUGGCGAAAGGUCCCUUUAGAGGUUAAUUAUUUUAAAUUAUUCAUUAAUUUGAAUUAUUUAUGUGUUCAUUAUUGUAAAAAAAAAUAUUGUGAAAAGUGAUGUAGGUGUAUUAUACAUUUAGGUUAGGAGUAGAGGUGGGACGACUGUCUGAAACACACCCCUAAUUCUUAGUAUUAAAUUAAUGGGUGAAGCCAUUCCGAUUUCGAAUGUUUCGUUUUACCCGUGUUUUUUUGACGAACGCAUCCCUUUCGUAAUUUGAGGGAUACCUGAUUUUGGAAAUUGAUAAAUGGUUAAACGAGCUCGUAGCCAAUUCUAUGCUCUUAAGCAUACUAAAACACCGUUCUUUUUUGCCCCACAAUUGGGCAACCAGGCCUCUCUGUUAUUUGAGCAGCAUAAUGCUGAUACUCACUGAAUAAUAAUGCCAAUAGUGAUACACACUCCCAGUCCAUCCACUGCUGCAUACCAUCGCAUGUGCUGUUGACCAUGUGGGUGGGUUGACUAUACUUCAUCAAGCUGGUCCUCUGCGGGUUGGCGGAAGGGGGGUGAAGGAAUGGCGUGGGAGUGCCGGAUUAGUUCAGAUAGAACUCGCCGUUGAUAUUAACCAUGGCCGAGAGUCAAACUCAUCUCACUGGGUUCAAAGGACAACCGGCAUACUCAUCACCUCCGAUUAGCACGGUUGACUACGCACAGUGCGAAAGAAGUUCAUCAUACAUCACUACAUCACUGCAUUACCGCUCCAUCUGUAGCUGCUGAAUACAUUGGAGUAAUUAGCACGGUCACAUGAAGUGAGUUUUUUUCUCACCCAUACGUGGGCAUUUAUACCAAGUAAUUCUAUACUCUCUGCUUCUUUCGGUAAAGUCACGUAGAUAGAAAAAAUAACAUUAAAAAACACAUUACGAUUUAAAGCUUUCGUGACUGCAGGGAUUCAUCCUCUUGGUUCUUUCGGUAAAGUCACGUCUAAGGGAAAUAAUAAAAUAAUAAAAAUAAAACAUAAUAAAAUUAUUCUCACGACAUUUCGGCCACAACGCAAGCAGCCGUCCUCAGGUGAAGAACAGGUCUGUCGGGAAGACAGAGUCUGAAUGACUUUACCGAAAGAACCAAGAAGAUAAAAAAACACGUUUCGGUCGCAACACAAGCGUCCGUCUUCAGGUGAGAAAAUUAUCUGUAGGAGUGAACUUAUGCAGCCACCACUCGACAAAACUCCUCCCCCUCCCCCCCGUGCCUAUAUGAAGCCACAACAGCAGAUAAUGUUCUCACCUGAAGACGGACGCUUGUGUUGCGACCGAAACGUCGUGUUCUCUUCUGUUAUUUUUUCUACCCACGUGACUUUACCGAAAGAACCAGAGAGUAUUGAUUCCUGCAGUCACGAAAGCUUCAAGUCAAGACCAAGUAAUUCUGUCCAAUAUGUAAUGACAAAUAUGCCUUGGUUCUAAAUGACAUUAGAUGAGGACGAUAAUGAUUAUGGUGACGAUUGGUUUGUUAUAGUUUAAAUGGUCAUUAAUACUCCAGUUCUAUGAAUAAUCUUGUAUAUUUGUUACGCGUGUUUUCUUAAACUGUACUGUAUUAAUAUGUUGGUGGUUGAUGCUGCAUAUAAUGUUGUGAUGUACAAAAAUAUAGUUUCGGCUAAAAGGCUCAUCUUUCUUGUUGGUUAUGAUCCGUGCUUAAUAUAUAUACACGAAAGGUGUCGAAUUACUUUUAAGACUUGAGGAAUAUUUUACGACGAGAAUUGGAAUGAAAAAACAAUUACACUAUACUCUUUGGUUCUUUCGGUAAAGUCACGUAGAGUAUGAAUUCCUGCAGUCACGAAAGCUUCAAAUCAAGAUCAAAUGACACUAUGUGACGCGUCGCUUUGAAAGGAUCGUGGAAGCAUUGCACCAGAGCAGGUUGACACGAAACGUCCUGGUGCAAUGCUGUGCUCUCUCCACAUCGCGUAAAAUGUUACACGUCCUGCGGUGCUGCAUAUGUUACGUGUUUGAGUUUUAGUUGGCGUGUUCACAAAUGCAAGGGAGCACAAUCGAUUGUUUUAGAGAUUUAAUAGAUUCUUCUUAAUUUAAUUGGUGGCGGGCAGAGAUCUGUCCAACGCCUUGUCAAGGAGGACAAAGCAUACACGUUUAUUGAAACAUGAUAACCCACAAAUAAUACCGUUUCAUUGUUACGGUUGUGCUGUACAGCUUGAGUGACGCGUUUUCAGGUCGUACCACGUGUUUGUUUGGCAUGAUGCCUGACGUGCUGGGCUGCGAGCUUCUUCGGGAAGUGAGCGUUGUUCUUCUUCAGUAUCUGAAGCUCACAGCACGUGCCACGAAACGUCAGACAUCAUGCCGAACAACAUAAAACACAUCUGACGGGUUCUGGAAGAACCUCACUUGAGUCUCGAAACUCGAUCAAGAGGGCCCUGCUUGGAUUGUCUGGCCACGAGUUUAACAUUUUUUUUGCAUGGGGAGAAAAUUGGGAGUGAUUAAAAAAAAUUACAUUUAUAAGAGAAUAGCACUCAAAUUCCUUAUUGACAGGACUGCAACCGACUCACUGGACUCACCCCUAAAUGUUCCUCGCUGCUAAUUAAAUACGCCUCAAGUUAAUUAAUUACAAACAUGCUUCUGCCUCAAGGCGGUUGAUGGUCUUGUUUCCAUUUAGUCGUUUUUUUCUUCAAUUAAAAAUAACCAUGCUGUCGGUAAAAAUGCCACGAGGAUGAAGAAUAGAACUUGAAUCUCACAAAGCAGUAUGCUCCGUGCGUGUCGGACAACAGCUGCCGACAAGAUUUUGACACGAGACUUUUCCCAAAAUUAUUUUCAGGCGGCCUUUUUUUUUGUAUCACUUGUGCACGUAGGUUAGAUGUCACACGACAGUCAAACCACCAUUCUUUCAUUCUCAAGAGCUGGAAUUCGGAAGAAAUAAAGUGUAGAAACUCAACGUUAUUCGGUUGGGUGUUUAUUUUGUUGUUGUGCAGUCACUGACGACCGGUGUUUCGACCAUUAACUCGCUGCACUUGAGAAUACCUUUUUUUUUUUUACAAAAUCGCUGACGACCGAGACGUGGAUUUUUUGACGGUGCCGACUCGGUUGCAUUUUGGGAGACGAAAAGCCCAAAGUGGCAUUGGAACCUGCGGUGGCUAUCGAAUCGCCAACCUGUGGAGCACAUCUGUUCGGCAAUGCCCCAUUGAGUCGUGACCGGCGACCAUGAAGACGCUGACGCAGCUAAGGAGCGGUCGAGUUGUGACUUCCGAAGGAAGCUAAACUUCAGCAGUACCCUUGUUUGUUCACGUGACUUAAUACGAGUUCAUUAUGUCACAACCCAUUUACGGUCUCACGGUUAAAUCGCAUUAUUAGCUGUUAUUGGCCACGACGAAAUUGGAACUGCCGCAGAGGUGCAACCUUAGACGGUACCUACAAGUAAGACGUUAAACUGGACAUCUGCGAACAACAGGGCUUUAUAGCUCAUCGGAUUACUCCAGAUAUAAAUACAUAUUCAGAUUGUGAUGUAUUCGUUGGCAGCGUCUCAAGACAUUCCCAAUGUCGCUCCCGUCGCCCUCGUCUAGAUCACCAGCCUCGACAUCAACACAGAACGCUGCCAACAGAUGCCUGGUGGUCAGCAUUGAGGUCUACUGACCGACAUGAACCCCGAGUUGUAUUAAUAAUGCAUUCUGAAAAUACCGAUGUCAAUGUAUUCCAGAAUAGGAUGUGCUUAAGAUUGUAUUGGGAAGCAUGUACAUAAAUAUAUAUUUUUAAAUUGUAUUUUCCCUAAUUUCGUGAUGACAUUGAGCAGGUAAUUACUCAAGUAUUUCACAAAGCGUUGGCUAGUAAUUAUUUAAACAUGUUUUACCCCUAAAUAAUAUAAAAAUGUUUCGUUAGUAUUUUAAUUGUACUCAUAAAAAAUAUUUCAGUUCUGAAAGUGACAUUUUCUACGGCUUAAAAAGACGCUGCAAGUUGAUAUGCAGCAGAUUAUUUGAGUCUCUCCUCAUCUCACAUUGUCUAGACAUUAUUUGCCACUAAAUGUGUUUUUUUAGCGUUAUGUAGAAAAUGUAUCUUUUGUGCCUUAAUUUUAUCGGGAUCUCUACGCUAAUAAACGUUACGAUGGGGGUUUCUUGUCAUUUAUGGAUCUGAUUAAUCAUGGAACACAAGACUUGUGUAUUUGUGAAAUAUUUUAAAGCCGAAAGUAAUUUCAUUCGAAAGGAAGUGCAGUUUGCUGUUAAUGGGUAUCGUAACACUAAUGCGUGACGUUAGCAAUGUACUCAACAUUUCAGUAUACAAUUCUAUCUUUUUUUAGUUUGAAUGCUUGUUUACAGAAUUAUAUUUGUUUUCUUUAGUUAUUACUGAGUCUGUAAGGCAUUGAACAAACUUGUUUUAUUUGCUGUGUUGCUACUGUAGCCGUUAAUUCAGUAAAGUCUUUAAACAUGAAA